CACGAGCGGUUGCCGCGGAAGCUGUACUUCGCUUACCAUUUUACUGACGCCAACGUGUAUCGCAACGAGCGCUGUGCUCUGAACCGUUGCCCCAAUCGGCGCCGAUAAAGUGGACCGUUGGGUUUUGGACAGUGACCAGCGUUUGAAAGCUUUCUUCGCCAGUAACGACCGGAACCAAAUCGUGCAAGGCGAGGGUAACAUUCCUCACGACAACGCAGUAAUAAGCUGCCGCAUAACGCGAAGCCAUAGCAUGAACUGUUUAUUUGCCUAUGCUUAGAGAGAAGUGCUUGAGGAAGAAAACUGACCACCUAGAAACUAGAUGGUGGUGAAGGUAUGCAUUAAGAGAACAAAAUAGUGACACAAACAUAAGUGAUUAGAAGUGAAAACCACUGAAGGACUGUUAAACUAAAAAGGUUAGCAGAGGGAUUUGUUGAACGAAGUUUUCAACUAUCGAAACCAUAGAAACGCAUAAAAUGCUCCCAAUCCUCACAGACUUUGGAAAGUUCUACAAUCGGCUCAGCAUACUCGUCACCGUAUUUAUUACCGUGAAUCUUGCCCGGAUACGAGCGGAAAACUGUGGCCAGGAAGAGCUGGCCAAGUGUGCCCGUCCAUUUCAGGUGAUACAAUCGUCCACGGAUCUGUCCAUCGCGACCAAAAAGGAGGACCUUGAUAAAAUAUGCCCUGAUCUAAAUAACGGGCUGCAGUGCAUCCGUAGUUACACACGCCGUUGCAUGACCCUCGAGCAGCGUAACCGCUUCAACAAGCUGUACAACGGCACGCACCAAUUCGUUCGUGACCUUUGCCGGGAGGGCGAGUAUCAGAGCGAGUUCCUCUCGCACGCACCCUGUCUGCAGCUGGUCAAGCCAGACUACGAGGUUUGUGGCCGCCGGUACCACCACACGGUCACUGCCAUCACGCAGCAGUCGCAGCAACAGUCGGCGGAGCACUAUCAGCACCAUCACGACCACGAACACCACCAGCUGCAGGAGUCAAGUGGACACCAACACGAACGGCGCCACCGGAGAAAUCAUCGAACCGCCAGCCGGACGGACGAGGACGACGUGCGGACCGUUUGCUGCUCCUUCUUGGAGUACCUCGAUUGCUCGGAGGCCGCAGCACGGAACACCUGCGGCCGGGAUACGGCCCAGUUCACCCGGGGCUUCCUGGACAAAAUGUCCUCCACGUUAAUAAAGAUGUACUGCGAGGACUACUACAAGUCGAACAAAUGUCCAUCGGUCUACUCGUCAUCGGCCAGCACUCAACUGCACAGCGUAGCGUUAUUGCUCAUCCCCACGCUUCUCAGCACCGUCAGCAGCUGGACGUCUUCCUGGUGGACGUUACGGUCCGAUGCAUUGCUGAGGUUACGAUAAUUCGGUCCACCGCCCAGUGCACCGGCCAAUGCAAUCCUACAGUAGCCUCUGAGGCCGGUAGUCUCCGCAGCGCGUUCGGGCAGUUUCUAGAUUAGAGAUCAAGCAAUUCGCGAGACCACCUAAGCCUCCAGCGGUUUGAGUGGCCAAACGCCAAAGUACAGUGCGCCCAUCUCCCGGGAGAGGGGUGUCAGUUAGUAGCGAAUGACAAAUUAACUUUAAGUUUCUAACCGCCAACCCUUCUCACGGCCUCGAUUGGACUGGCGGUUGGCGCAAAUUGAACUCAAUCCCUCGUCGCUCGCCGUCGUCGGCGUCGUCGUCGAAUGGCGAAAAAUAGUAUUCCAUCAACUGAUCAUCAACGCAUCAUUUAGUCGCGAUCUUGGCUGUGCUACGAUCGCUACGCUAGUGGCCAAGGGGCCCAAUUAAGGUUAAUUUAUUUAUUGGAAACUCUUUCAGUAGAGAGUGUGUAAGACCGGCUAGGGCAGCGCAGGGGCCGACGACGGCCGACGCUAAGCUUGCAUAGCAAAUAUUAUACGUUAAUCGUCCUGCCGUCGACGUUAACCUUCAGCUAGAUGCAGCGCGCUGAGAGAACUAUAAACGAUAAAAUGUAGAUAUUAGCUCUAACAUAAUUACUCUACGAACCAAGACAGAAGCUAGCUGAAGAAAGCAGACGAGAACAGACUAAUCAACUAGGAAGAACAUAAAAAAGGCCUGACACAGGCCUACAGAAAGUAACAAUCCAUACUACGGAAAGAUAAUACGUUGUUAGACAGCAACAAUCGAUAGGUAAUGUUAAGGAUAAUGCCGUGAAUUAGUGAAUAUAGAAAAACUCAAUAAAACAUUAACCUUCAAUGAA